GCAUACUUUAUAAGGAGAGAUGAGAUUAAAAAAAAUCUCUUCCUUGAUGGUUCCAUCGAAGAUGAAAUGCUCAAGCAACUAUGUAGCACGUACGUAACCCAAUUCCACAACACAAUGUGAUGGGGGAAAUCAGCUGUGUUUUGAUGCCCAAUUUAUUUCGAAUCUGGCGCGAACCGGCGAGCCAGUUCCUGAAUCAGUCACAUGAUACGGGCUGCCCGCGAGGGCUCGAACGUCACUGCAUAAGUAAUCAAAGCAAACCUCGAUACGCGCUUUUUACAAAAACUCCCCCGAGAUUACCCGACACAGGCUUCGAAGCUUUGACACGCAGGACACAUCACUACCGGUUGGUGGCGGUAAUGAGUCACAUCGUUAUUUGCCAACCGCCGACAAACCACAAAGAAGAAGACGAAGUACUGCGCGUGCACACAGCGGAAAGUAGACUUACGGAGGAACGAUUAUAGCCACAGUCAUCAUACUUGUUAUCUACGACGGGGACUUUUGUGGUUUUUUUCCCAAGUCGGCUAAGGCAAAUAUAGUGUGACUGUGCUGAGCUUUCCUACUGGUACGUUUCUGUUUCUCAUGCGUGAUCGGAAAGAUAUAGGCUCUCGGAGCUCGGACAGCUUGGUCUCUCUCCUAGUCCAACUACAAAGCCGGCCUUCUCUGCUGGGGGAUCUUUAGUUCGGGUUAUUCUGAGAGGAGAUCCAGAGCGACUGGCAGGAGGCGAAGAAUCUGCUGGAGGAGCAGCUCAGCAGCUGUAGUCAGAAACAUCGGUUCUUCAUCGAAGGCAAAAGAAGGGGAAGCGUGCCGAAACCUCUCCAAAUUUUUGACCUCAACAAAAACCAACCAAUGCCAGCAAGUAAAGAUGAACGAGUUGUGAUCCUUGUGGAGAAGACUUUCAUCACUAUGAAGCAGGCCAGAAGACGCGAGUGCAUUCACAGUGGAGACAGAAGCUUCAUGUGCGAUCAGUGUGGAAAGGCUUUUACUCGUAAUAGCAGCUUAAAACAACAUAAGCUCAUCCACACUGGAUUUAAACCAUUCAGCUGUGAUCAGUGUGGAAUGUCUUUUUCUGACAAUAGCAACUUAAAAAGACAUCAGCUCGUCCACACUGGCAUUAAACCAUUCAGCUGCGAUCAGUGUGGACAGGCUUUCACACAUAAUAGCAAGUUAAAAAAACACCAGCUUCUCCACACUGGAUUAAAACCAUUCAGCUGUGAUCAGUGUGGAAAGACUUUCACUGUGAAUGGCAACUUAAAAAGACAUCAGCUCGUCCACACUGGCAUUAAACCAUUCAGCUGCGAUCAGUGUGGAAAGACUUUCACUCAGAGUGGCAGCUUAAAAAAGCAUCAGCUCGCUCACACUGGAUUUAAACCAUUUAGCUGUGAUCAGUGUGGAAUGGCUUUUACUCAGAAUGGCACCUUAAAAAAACAUCAGCUCGCUCACACUGGAUUUAAACCAUUCAGCUGUGAUCAGUGUGGAAAGACUUUCACUCAGAGUGGCAGCUUAAAAAAACAUCAGCUCAUCCACACUGGAUUAAAAGCAUUUAGCUGUGAUCAGUGUGGAAAGGCUUUCACUGAAAAUGGACAUUUAAAAAGACAUAAGCUCAUCCACACUGGAUUAAAACCAUUUAGCUGUGAUCAGUGUGGAAAGGCUUUUACUGAAAAUGGCAACUUAAAACAACAUCAGCUCAUCCACACUGGAUUAAAAGCAAUUAGCUACAAUCAGUGUGGAAAGUCUUUUUCUACGAGUAGUGGCUUAAAAGAAUAUCACCUCGUCCAUGCUGCAGAUAAACCAUUCGUCUGUGCUCAGUGUGGAAAGUGUUUCACUGAGAAUGGCAAGUUAAAACAACAUCAGCUCGUCCACACUGGCAUUAAACCAUUCAGCUGCGAUCAGUGUGGAAGGACUUUCACUCAGAAUAGCAGCUUAAAAAAACAUCAACUCAUCCACACUGGAUUAAAACCAUUUAUCUGUGAUCAGUGUGGAAAGUCUUUUACUGAAAAAGGCAACUUAAAAAAACAUCAGCUCAUCCACACUGGAUUAAAGCCAUUUAGCUGUGAUCUGUGUGGAAAGUUUUUUACUCAUAGUAACUGCUUAAAAGAACAUCAGUUCACCCAUACGACAGAUAAACCAUUCACCUGUGAUCUGUGUGGAAAGUCUUUUACUCACAGUAAAAGCUUAAAAGAUCAUCUUCUCAUCCACACUGGUAUUAAAUCAUUUGUCUGUGGUCAGUGUGGAAAAGCUUUUACUCAGAGUAAAAAUUUAAAAGAACAUCAGCUCAUCCACACUGGAAUUAAACCAUUCAGCUGUGAUCAGUGUGGAAAAUCUUUUACUCGGCGUAGAAACUUAAAAAAACAUCAUCUCCUCCACAUUGGGGUUAAACCAUUCACCUGUGAUCAGUGUGGAAAGUCUUUUAGCUGCAUGAGUUCCUUGAAAGAACACCAGGCCAUCCACACUGGCAUUAAACCAUUUGUCUGUUGUCAGUGUGGAAAGGGUUUUCGUCGCAUGGAGACUUUAAAAAAUCAUCAACUAAUCCACACUGGAGUUAAUUAAUAUUUAAGUGGUCAGUGCUGAAAUGCGGCCACUUUUAUGUAAACAUUUAAAAAAAAAUCAGAUUGUUCACACUGCAAUUGUAGCGUGUUUGAAUUGUGGUAAUUAUGAAAUUCUUUCAAAUUCAUGACAAAACUGGCAGACCAAUGUGACAUUACUCUGACAAAGUUCUUUUGGACAUCCUGGUCAAUCAUUUUAAGUUUGAAGAGGCUCUACUGAUUGCAGACACAGAUAACAUAUAUGUAUGUUUCAUGUGAAUAUUAUGUGUAUAUAUGUAUAUUAAAGAUUGUACAUGCAUAUAAAACAUAUAAAACAUUCUACUGUAAAAACUUGUUGGAACCGUACUAAAUGUAUAUACAUAUAAUGUAUAUAUAAUAUAUAUGUAUAUAUAAUGUAUAUAUGUAUAUAUAUGUAUAUAUAAUAUAUUAGAGCUGGGCAAUAAAACGAUAACGAUAUGUAUUGCGAAAUAACUUUUUCUCGAUAGAAAAAUUAAACUAUUGCGAUAGGCCUCAUCCCUCUUGUCCUCUUUAAAAAAAGAAGAAAAAAGAACAGCCAAUCCAAAUUAAGUAGUGCAGAGCCGAACCAAUCACAGCCGCAGCGUCACGUCACGUGACUUGUUACGUACAGCACAAGUGCCAAGGCGCACGUGUAUUUGUUUUUGCAGCCGGGCUGCCCAGGUAAUGAAGGAAAUGAGUUUGCCAACUAGAGAAAAAUCAACCGAGAGCGUGAGCGAAGGUUACUGAAGAAAAAAACAAUGAUGGUUCCAAUGCUGGAGAGCUUGUCGAACGGAAGGGCCAUAGAAGUUCUGUAGUGUGAAGGUAUUUCGGCUAUUUCAAGUCUGACAAAAAACAGAGUAGCGCGCACUGUAAAUUGUGCCGAAAGCAAGUCUGGAAAUACAAUAAACCGGUGCAUGCUCAAUCUCUGACUGAAAGCGCUAAUUCGUCAUUCGGCUUUUGUCAGACUAAAGUCACUGUUAAAACUGUUUGAAAAGCUAAGCUAUACAACAAGGAGAGAUUGAGAAUUUCCUUUUAGUUCUCAGUUUAUUAUUUGAUAUUGACAAAAGUUAGUCAAUUUUGUCUGUUCUUCUGUAAAACGAACUAAGAUUUAUUUUUAGAAUUAAAAUUUUGUUUCUAAGUGGAAUUGACAAUUUAGUAGUCUGUUUUGUUUGUUUUAUUUUGAAACUUAAACGCUUUAGCGGCUGCCUUUUGUGUAGUUUGCAAUAUUUGCCUUUAUUUAUCUGAAACUGAAGUCUCAUGUUCCUUAAGUACAUCUACCCAGUUGAACUUAAUAUGGGAAAUAAAUAUUUAAAUCAAAACAAGCUGCAGAUUAUUUCACAUUUUUCUCGUGAGCAACGGCACAUUUAAAUCUUACAAAUAUAGUUAUUUGAUUGAUUAUACUUUAUUCAUCCCGAGGGAAAUUGGGUUAAGGCUGCCAGCCGUGCCAGCGCCGUUAUAAUUUGGCUUAUAUCGUGACAUAUAUCGUUAUCGCCUGAAAUGAAAAAAACAUAUCGUGAUAUGAAAAAAUCUUAUAUCGCCCAGCUCUAUAAUAUAUAUAUAGUAUAUAUAUAUGUAUAUAUAGUAUAUAUAUGUAUAUAGUAUAUAUAUGUAUAUAUAUAUAUGCAAUAGUUACACCCUUUUUACAUAAGCUCUUUUCUACUCUGUAAUAUUCUUGUCAAUUUUCUUGAUAUUUAUUUAUUAUCCCCUCUGUUAAUCCAUGAUAUUUAUAAUUGAUUGAUCUUUAUAUAUUAGUGCUAUUUCCUAAAUGUGUAAAAUCUGUAACAUAAUGUAUUGUUUGGAGUUUAGUCUGUCACUGUUGCUAUUUUUAUAAUUUCUCUUGGAAUAACUGUAAUCCAUAUAAUUUCCUUAAGGAUUAAUAAAGUAUUCUGAUUGUUUCAGGAUUCAU